UCGACCUUUUCGCAUAUACCUUCGGGUCGACCAUAAUGGCUGCUUGUUUCCAUGUUCAGUCAGACGACAUAAUUCCCCCAUCAACUUCACAAGUUGUAUAUAGGGAGGAUUGUACGCAAUGUUUUGACUCUGUAGAUCAGAGUUCUGGAAUAAAUGUUUGCCUCUCCUGUUUCAAUGGCGGCUGUGCUCAUGAUAGAAAUCAUGCUCUUCUGCACUUCAAAAGAUCUGGCCAUCCACUAGCCCUCAAUAUCAAACGGUCGCGCAAGAAGGUUCAAAGAGAUGAGCCACCCCAGAAAGUUUCCAAACUUGCAAUUGCUGCUGAAACCGAUGAGGACCGAUAUGACACAAGCACUCGAGUUGUCUGUUACGAUUGCUGCCAGGAUGAUAUUGAUCAAUCGAGUGGCAAUCUACCACCUGUUAUUGACGGGGUUCUGACGGCAAUGACUUUUUCCAGAAGGGAAGAAGUCAAAGCCUGGGAGCAAGAGUUCAUCCCCUGUGAACAUACUCUUUGCGUGGAGCAAAGCAGCUCGCGGCAACUUGAAUCGCAAGAACUUGCGCAAUGUUCGAUGUGCAAUCUCAAGGAAAACCUUUGGCUAUGUCUAGAAUGUGGUAACCUUGGCUGUGGUCGAAGCCAAUUUGGUGGCGUGGGCGGCAAUUCCCAUGGACUUGCGCAUUUUGAAAUGACCUCGCACGCUGUUGCAGUAAAGCUUGGCUCAAUAACAGCCGAGGGAUCCGCUGAUAUCUUCUGCUAUAAGUGCAAUGAAGAAAGGACCGAUCCUGAUCUUGCCCAGCACCUCGGACACUGGGGUAUCAAUUUAGCGGACAGAGAGAAAACGGAGAAGAGCUUGAUGGAAAUGCAGGUUGAGCACAACCUAAGAUGGGAGUUUUCAAUGACUACAGAGGAUGGUCACGAACUUAGACCGGUAUUUGGUCCUGGUCUCACUGGCCUCAAAAACCUUGGGAACAGUUGUUACCUGUCAAGUGUGAUACAGUGCCUCUUCAAUUUGCCACAUUUUCAAGACCGGUACUAUCAUCCCAGUGAAGAGCCCCCAUUGACACAGAAGCCAGCCGAAGAUCUUGAGACGCAGAUGCGCAAACUGGCAGACGGAAUCCUAUCUGGUCGUUACUCCAAACCUGCCACCGAUGUAAGGGCCUCGCCUGAAACAGCUGAAGUUCCGCAUCAGAAUGGCUUAGCACCAGCCAUGUUUAAACACCUUGUUGGUCGUGGUCACGAAGAGUUCUCUACAAUGAGACAGCAGGAUGCUUUUGAAUUCCUCCUCCAUCUUUUUAAGCUUGUCAGCUUGUCUAACCAUACAGGAGGAUCCUUUAAUCCAGUAGAGCCGUUUGCCUUUUCUGUAGAGCAACGUCUCCAAUGCUUAUCUUGCAGAAAGGUGCGAUACAAAGUGGAUCAGCAGGAUAAUGUUUCCCUUUCUGUUCCUGCUCGCCGUACAAACUCUGGACAAGGCAAGGAUACCGUCGCCAAGUUCGAAAGUGUGACCAUCCUAGAAUGUCUUGAUACCUUUACGAGUGAAGAAAGAGUGGAACUGCGCUGUCCUUCCUGCCAGAGUGAGGAUGGUUUCUCCAAGCGCUCAUUCUUUAAGACAUUACCGCAGGAGCUGGUCAUCAACGCUCGACGGUUCGAAGUUGUGAAUUGGGUACCAACGAAGCUCGACAUUCCUGUCGAAGUGGACGAAGGUCCGAUAGACUUCACUAAAUAUCUCACCCCCUUCCCUAGCGAGGGCGAAGAGCUUCUCCCGGAUGUCGAGGCGCCUACGCCAACAUUCACUCCUGACGAAAUUGCCCUCAGUCAGUUGCUCGGCAUGGGAUUUCCCCGGACCAGAAGUGAAAAAGCGCUCUACAUGACAGGCAAUUCGGAUGCCGAAGCUGCCAUGAAUUGGUUGUUUGCGCAUAUGGAAGACCCUGAUAUUGAUGAACCUCUAGUUCAGAAAGGCCUCGCUCAGCCGGUGAAUGAGCCACCACACGAUGCAGCUAAAGUGCUGCAGCUGUCCGAAAUGGGUAUUGAUGCUGAUCGAGCCAGGAUCGCCUUGGCUGCAGUAGGGAAUGAUGUCAACAGAGCAAUUGAUUGGGUUUUCAGUCAUCCCGAAGACACGAUAGAAGUGGGAACCGUUCCUCAAGCGACUGAAAGUCCUAGUAACGGUGCCGUCGGUUUCGAUAGUACUCCAGCUCUUUACCGCCUUCAUUCCAUAGUGUGCCACAAAGGCUCCUCUGUACAUGCUGGACACUAUGUUGCAGUCGUGCGCAAAACUUUGCCAGGUGAGGAAGGCCCUUCUUGGAUCAUGUGUAAUGAUGAGAAGGUUGUGCAGGUGGACGAUGUACAGGAACUGAAGAAGUCUGCCUAUCUUUACUUCUUCUCUCGGGUCUAGACCCGAUAUGAAGCACCAUCAAUCCCGUUCUAAGAGUGUCCUAGAUGGAAUUUAACGUCGGUUACAGUUGCUGUAGGAAGAUGCCAAUUAUUGGAUCUUAAUGUUGAGUCUUAGAAGUGCAUAUUCAGACCAUACACUUCUGGCACACAGAUU